AAAUUUUUCAUACACUAUCCGUAUUGCUAUGGUUACUGGAAAAAGUAUGCAGACCUUGAAAAGCGGCAUGACAACAUUAAACAAUCAGAUGAGGUGCGUACAUCACUGAAUAAAGUUAUCUCCAUUAGGUACUGUAAGCCAAAUAAUAACAAAACAAAUUUUUUUCUUUUUCUUUCUUUUUUUUUUUUUUUUUGGCUGGCAGUACCUACGAUUUAUGGUCAAACGAUUUUAUAGGGUAUUUUAUUUGCAUUUGUCACUCUUGUGGCAUUUGUAGCUAAUAUUUUCUCUCUUUGUUGGCAGGUGCGUUAAACCUCUACAGUUUGUCAAGCUUUGCAGUGCAAGCCUCUGUAUUACACUGCAGCUUAACAAGUAGGGCAGGGCUUUUCUCUCACUUACAUUUAUUUCUCAUUUUCCAAACAAUAUAGUUGGUUUACUAGUCACAUUUGCUACGUCUUAUUGCAUUUUUGGUCAGACGCUGUCAUUGAUGCUCUAAUGGGUCUGUGCCCUAUGGUCUGUAACCCAAAGCCUGCCCACACAACCCGGUCAGAAUGCAGGGACUGCUGCGCUUUGAAGAUCAAGACUCUGCACGUGGGGAUCAGAACAUUGCCAUGUUCUAUCCAACCUCCACCCAAAUGGUAUAUCGGCGGGGGCUUCAGGCAAUACCUCUUAGUGUUGACCUUUGGAUACAUUAUAUAAACUUCUUAAAAGAAACAUUGGACCCUGGUGACCCUGAGACUAACAGUACAGUAAGAGGAACUUUUGAGCAUGCCGUUCUAGCUGCAGGAACAGAUUUCCGAUCUGACAGACUGUGGGAAAUGUAUAUCAACUGGGAAAAUGAACAAGGAAACUUGAGAGAAGUUACAGCUAUAUAUGACCGUAUUCUUGGUAUUCCAACACAGCUGUAUAGUCAUCAUUUUCAGAGAUUUAAAGAACAUGUACAGAAUAACUUGCCCAGAGAUCUUUUAACUGGUGAGCAGUUUAUUCAGCUGCGAAGGGAAUUAGCUUCUGUAAAUGGACAUAGUGGUGAUGAUGGUCCUCCUGGUGAUGAUCUACCUGCAGGAAUUGAAGAUAUAACUGAUCCAGCAAAGCUAAUUACAGAAAUAGAAAAUAUGAGACAUAGAAUCAUUGAAAUUCAUCAAGAAAUGUUCAAUUAUAAUGAACAUGAAGUUAGUAAAAGGUGGACAUUUGAAGAAGGUAUUAAGAGACCUUAUUUUCACGUGAAACCAUUGGAAAAGGCACAGCUUAAAAAUUGGAAAGAAUAUUUAGAAUUUGAAAUUGAAAAUGGGACUCAUGAACGAGUUGUGGUCCUCUUUGAAAGAUGUGUCAUAUCAUGUGCCCUCUAUGAGGAAUUUUGGAUUAAGUAUGCCAAGUACAUGGAAAACCAUAGCAUUGAAGGAGUGAGGCAUGUCUUCAGCAGAGCUUGUACUAUUCACCUCCCAAAGAAACCCAUGGUGCAUAUGCUUUGGGCAGCUUUUGAGGAACAGCAGGGUAAUAUUAAUGAAGCCAGGAAUAUCUUGAGAACAUUUGAAGAAUGUGUUUUAGGAUUGGCAAUGGUUCGUUUGAGAAGAGUAAGUUUAGAACGACGGCAUGGAAAUAUGGAAGAAGCUGAACAUUUGCUUCAGGAUGCCAUCAAGAAUGCCAAAUCAAAUAAUGAAUCAUCGUUUUAUGCUAUCAAACUAGCCCGACAUCUUUUCAAAAUACAGAAAAACUUUCCAAAAUCAAGAAAGGUUUUAUUGGAAGCAAUUGAAAGAGACAAAGAAAACACAAAGUUAUACCUCAAUUUACUUGAAAUGGAAUACAGUGGUGACCUCAAACAAAAUGAAGAAAAUAUCCUAAAUUGUUUUGACAAAGCUAUACAUGGUUCAUUACCUAUUAAAAUGAGAAUUACAUUUUCUCAACGAAAAGUGGAAUUUCUUGAAGAUUUUGGUUCAGAUGUUAAUAAACUUCUGAAUGCUUAUGAUGAACAUCAAACACUCUUAAAAGAACAAGAUUCUUUAAAACGCAGAGCAGAAAAUGGGUCAGAAGAACCAGAGGAAAAGAAAGCACAUAUAGAAGAUACAACUUCUUCAUCUACACAGAUGAUUGAUGGUGAUUUGCAGGCAAAUCAAGCUGCAUACAAUUAUAGUGCCUGGUAUCAAUACAAUUAUCAGAAUCCUUGGAAUUAUGGACAGUAUUAUCCUCCCCCUCCAACUUGAUGGAAAAAAUGUAAAUCAAGUGGGAUGUGUGAAAAGUAUGAAAUUAUUAUUUUUUAAUGGAGGGAUGUGAACAUGGCAUAAGCUAGUGGUAUUUGAUAACUUGUCUUCCGUUUCUGUGUAACAUGAUUUAGUAGUAAUGGGGGAAAAUGUCACUUAGAAGCUUACCACAGAUACUAUUUCCUACCAUUUGUAAAAUUUACUUUUUAUUGGAGAACUAUUUUAUUUUUGCAUUAAGUGGUCUAGAAUUCUUUUGCAGUGCAUUUGCAACAGUUUCAUAGCCUUAAGGGUAGGAAAAAAAAAAAACUGACUGCAAGUCAUGUCAGUGUGUAGUACAAGAUUCUAAAAACAUAAGGGCUGGUUAUUAAGGAUUUACCUCUUCUGUUAAAAAAACAGAUUUUUAAAUUCUGCUGACAAGAUUUUGUCUGCGUGUUUCAGUUGUCCUUGUGAAUUUGGAUCCGAGAAAAGAUACACUGUUAAAUGCUAUGUCUUGGAAUAGACCAUAAAGUGAGAAAAUGGAAUGUUUGCAUCCCUUUAAAAAAUGAAAAUCAUAUUAAAAGUAUGUUGUUGCUGGAGACUUUGUAUUUAGAAGAUUCAUGUAAAACUUGUAAGCUUUCAUGUUGAUCAAACCUGAUCACCUUCACUUUUGUAAUAAAAUUGAAGACUCAUCCACUAAUUGUUACGAAUUUAUUUGGGGGGAAUUAGUCAAAUACCAACUUUGUAGUCACUAUAAAUUCAUUGAUGGUUCAUUGACUUAGAAGUGUAUUUUUCUUGAGUUUCGACAUUAUCCUGCCAAAUUUUAUUGA